AUACUCCUGGUGAUCUCACUUUUUCUGGGUCUCCCUGGUUGGACAGACUUGACCUCAGACCAGUCUUCUGGAAGCUAUUGAGUCACAUGGGACAAGAGUAGGUAAAAGCCAAUUCUUGGAAAAAGAAAAAACAUAAUGGCUCCCCUAGAAGAAGAGAAUACCACUGUCAAAGAGAGUAUUAAUCUACAGGACAUGCAACUUGAUGAAAAGAAGCCCCCCAAAAAAGUUCCAGGGUUCUGGUCAGUAAGAUAUGGCCUGGCCAUCAUCAUACACUUCUGUCUAUUUGUAACUACCUCACAAAAUUUGAGUCUGAGCAUUGCCAUUGUUGCCAUGGUGAACAGUACAGGCCAGUCUAAUCAGACCAAUGUCUCCACGAAGGGGCAGCCUGAUGUCACCCCAGAAGCAGGGUACCAAAGGGAGAAGUCCAUUGACGUUAAUUUGAUACUGUUUUUCCUAGGAGGAAUUGGCUGUAUAUGCUGUGUUAUCUGGUUUUCUCUGGUUUAUGAUGACCCCAUAAACCACCCCUAUAUAAGUGAGAGUGAAAAGGAAUACAUCACUUUUUCAUUGGCUGGAGAGAACAGCAAUCCCAGUUGGUCCUUGCCCAUCAAGGCCAUGAUCAGAUCCCUCCCACUUUGGGCCAUUAUCAUCACUGGUUUCUGUCGAUUUUGGUUAGUCACCAAUCUGACGAUAUCACUGCCACUAUUGAUAAACAUUAUGUUUGAUUUUGACAUCAGAAAUAAUGGGAUUCUCAGUGCACUUCCUUCUAUAGCUGCGUGGAUCUGUAUUACCAUAGGAAGUCAAAUGGCAGAUUUCCUCUUGUCCAAGAAGAUUCUGAGUCUAGUGGUGGUUCGGAAACUUUUCACAGUUCUGGGAAUGCUUCUCCCAUCAGUAUUCAUCACAGCUGUGCCAUACGUCAGUUCCAUCACUGCUAUUACCUUACUGAUGCUCUCUAUGGGAAUAAGCUGCCUGUGUUACUCUGGAUUCAUGAUUAAUUCCCUAGAUAUCGCUCCCAGAUAUACUAGCUUUCUUAUGGGACUUGGAGGAGUUUUUACUAUACUACCGGGAAUCAUUUCACCCAUUGUUACUGGAUACCUCAUAAAUAAGGACUCUGUAUCUGGCUGGAAGAAUGUCUUCUUGCUAUCGGCUGCCAUAAAUCUAGCAGGAAUGAUCAUCUAUGUAAUCUUUGGCCGUGCCGACAUUCAGGACUGGGCUAAGGAGAAAACACUCACUCGCUUCUGA